UUGAUCGAUAAAUCCGCGGUCACACUCAAAGCAAAAGCCGUCAAAUCAUUCUCUAAUUUAAUUUUUUGCAUAUAAAAUUUAAAUCAACACAAUGAGUACAAUUGGAACUGGUUACGACUUGUCGGCAUCGCAGUUUUCGCCGGACGGUCGCGUCUUCCAAAUUGACUAUGCUUCCAAAGCCGUGGAGAAGAGUGGCACCGUUGUAGGAAUCCGUGGCAAGGACUGCGUCAUUCUUGCCGUUGAGAAGAUAAUAACCAGCAAAUUAUAUGAGCCCGAUGCCGCUGGACGCAUUUUCAUCAUUGAGAAAAACAUUGGCAUGGCCGUGGCUGGGCUGGUGGCCGAUGGAAACUAUGUGGCUGAUAUUGCCCGCCAGGAGGCAGCAAACUACCGUCAGCAGUUUGAGCAAGUGAUUCCUUUGAAGCACCUAUGCGACCGCGUGUCCGCCUAUGUCCAUGCCUACACUUUGUACAGUGCAGUCCGUCCCUUUGGACUGUCUAUUAUCCUUGCCUCGUGGGAUGAAAAUGAUGGGCCCCAGCUCUACAAAAUUGAGCCAUCCGGCUCGUACUUUGGGUACUUUGCCUGCGCCAGUGGAAAGGCCAAGCAGCAGGCCAAGACCGAGAUGGAAAAGUCACGAUUUGUCGAUAUGAGCACUGAUGAGCUCGUUAAAAAGGCCGGUGAAAUAAUCUACCGCGUUCAUGAUGACGUUAAGGACAAGGAAUUCCGUUUCGAAAUGGGUAUAGUGGGCAGAGAAACCGAGGGCAUUUAUCAAAUCAAUCCCAAGAGAUUGACCCAGGAGGCCAUCAAUGCCGGAGUAAAUGCUAAUGAGGAAGAUGACAGCGGCGAUGAGGCGCAUUAAUUUUUGUAUGGCAGUGAAUCUAAUUCUAGGCCCAAAAAAUGUAACAUUAAUUUUAUAUUCUCUAUUCGCGUAAUGAAUACACAUAUUUGGGUUAAAA